CGCGUGUUUCUCGCCAGUUAUCCGAGUAGAGAGGACUUGUACAUCCAGUUGACGUUGAUUCUUGCUUAGCCUCCGUGGAGCUUCGGAAGACAUAAUAAUACAUAAUACUGCUGCUGUCCCUUCGUGACGCCUCCCCCCCCAACCGUGGCUCUGCGGGCUCUCACUAUCUUUCGUUUCUUGUCAUUCUUUUACAGUGCUCUUAUAUCUCAAGUCAAAACCUCACUCAACCCAAAGGUGACAGGUCGUGCCAUUCGCGAAAACAAACAUGUCGACCGUGGACCCCAAUCAGCGCUUUGUCAGCCCGCUACAAGGCACAGGCCUGAGCUUGUUCGUCGUGUCUAUCGUCGGCGGCGUAUCGUCUCUGAUCGUGGUGGGCUUGAGGACAUAUCACCGGCUUCAACGGAGGAACUUCAGCCUGGACGAUGGUUUGAUGCUGGGCGGUCUGAUCAUCUACCUCGUCGAUGUGGCGCUCGCCUGUCUUGGCGCUCUGAGCGGCCUGGGCACGCGGAACGCGGACCUCAACGCGACAAUGAUAAGCGAGUCGAUGAAGUAUCUGAUGAUCUGGAUGAUGCUGUAUGUGGCUGCUUUGUGCUUGGUCAAGUCAUCAAUCUGCUUCACCACCCUGCGGAUCGCCACCACGAUGCCCAAGCUGCGUAUCGCCGUCUACGUCCUGCUGGGGCUGACAAUCGCCACGUUCUUCACGACCUUCAUCGGCAUCCUGCUGCUGUGCCGCCCCGUCGAGGCCAACUGGAACCAAAGCCUCAUAGCAGAAGGUCGUGGCGAGUGCUCCUCUAUGAGCGCCAUGCUGGGCUUGUCGUACACGUCGACUGCGAGCACCAUCGCCACGGACCUCGCCUGUGCCGUUCUCCCGGCCAUCAUUCUCUGGCAGACGCAGAUGAAGCUCUCGACCAAGAUUGUCGUCUCCACGAUCCUUUCCUUUGGCUCUCUUGCUUCGAUAUCGACAAUGGUCCGCACCCCUUACAUCGAUCACUACAACCGUCCGCUCGACGAUCUCGUCUUCCACAUCGCCAACAUUCCCCUCUGGUCCAACAUCGAGACGGCCGUCGGCCUCGUCGCCGGGUCCCUCCCCGCCCUGCGCCAACUCUUCAUGCGCGACUCCACAAAGGGGGCGUCGACCCGUGGUACCGACGGCUCGGGCGGUCUCCACCCGGCGUCCGCUGGGCUUGUGACCAUCGGUGGCUCGGGAGGGACGUCCAAAAGCAAGAACCGCAAGGGCCUGAAGUCCAACUUUGAAAUUGACGAGGCCGCGAAGGGCGACUGGACUCGUCUGGAUGAGGACUCAGUGUCGGACAAAGACAGCACUGUGCCUAUCCGGGGCAUUCGCAGGGACAUGACGUUUGAAGUCGAGAUGUCGCCGCAGUCCGGGAACAAGUCGUAGCCUUCUAUGUUUGUUGGAUAUAUGCAAAUAUUGAGGUUCUGUCCUGUAAUUAGUUAGACACUAAUACAAUAUUUCCAUGCCUCAU